AUUUUCCCCUUAUUUUAGGUGUUAACUGGAACAACUAAAAUUCUGAACGCUUUUAUCUUACUUAGCUCUGAAAAUUUAAGUCUACUUACUACUGAGGCAUAAAAGAAGCAAGGCAGUGAAAGUCUGUGCCCAAUAAGGGAUAGAAUUGACUUAACUUGGGAAUGUUUUUCUUGGCAGGGGUUGGGGGGAUGCCUAGUAAAAGAUGACUCCUAGAUUUCUGUCUUUGGCAGCUGGGUGGAUAGUAUUACCAUUCUCUGAAAAAUAGAAUUCAUGAAGGUGAGUGAGCCCAGAGAUGAUUAUGACUUUUGUUUUGGAUGCAUUCAGUUAGGUACCUGUAGGACAUGAAGUGGAGCUGUCCAGUUGGCAGCCCUGUUAGUUGAAGCUGGGGGUAGGGGGACUCUCGACUGGAGAUAAACCGGGAAAACUAUUAGCUUAUAGAUGGUAAUCUAACUCAAAUGGUUUAAAUCACUCAUGGUAAGGAAGCAGUGAUAACAGUUGUUGUUUUUUGAGUGCUUUAUCUUCUGUACACCAUUGCCAGAAUUUACCCGCUGGAAUCCAUUUCUCCUAAUUCUUUCUGUGCUUAUCCUUACAUUUCCAAUUCUUACCUGUCCUCCAAUGAUUUGACCCUUUUUCCCUAAUCCAAAGAUAAUGACUCUUGCCUCAACUCUCAGGACUCUAUUUGUGUCUUUGUUAAAGGCAUUCUGUCAUCAUCUACAUUGGAGUAUGAUAUUUGUGUUUCAUUACACCCCCCACCCCCAAUAAACAUGAUCUUCUAAAAGAUAGUUUAUGUCUUAAUCAUCUCCUCAACCCUCCCUUAGUAGCUAAUGCAGCUUUCCACAAAACAAGCAUUCAGUUAAAUGAUUUGAAGGAUCUCCAACAAUACAGUGUGGUGUCCUCUUUAUCUGACUUUAUCUCAGUCAGUAGAUAAGUGGUUUUAGAAAAACAGGCUUAGUGUUUUAAGUUUUAAAGUAUAUGUUCUAUAUUGUCCAGCUUCUUUUAAAAAGUCUGAACUAAACAGAAUUUAACAUUUUUGGAAUGAUUUAUGAUCAUAAUUAUGAACAUCAUUUAUUAAACUACAAAGUAAUGCCUUCCCGGUUGAUUGCAGUAAAUGUAAAUUUAUAGAAUUUUACCCUAUUUUUAGUAAUUCCCGGCUGCUUUGCCUUACUUAAGGUCUUUCUCUUUUGUCAGCUUACUAAAUUGUUGCUUUUCUCUGUAUAUCUUUUGACGUUCUUAUAAUCUUGUUCUAAACUAACUGUUUUCUGAGAUACAUAAACUAAAUUUCAAUUCAUAGAAAUAUGUCUAAUCAAAGAAAUAGGCUAAGUCAGGGUGUUGAUGAUUUUUCACAGUGAUUGGACUUUCAUAGGAAUGAUUGUAGUUGGAUUGAAAUUUGUUUGCUUUCUGUUUUUUUGUUUGUUUGUUUGUUUUUUAAAUUGGAUCCCCUGUAAGAUUGCCAGAAAAGAGUCUCAUCGUGGAAGGCAAGAGGGAAAAGAAAAAAGUAGAGAGGUUGACAAUGCAAGUCUCUUCUUUACAAAGAGAGCCAUUUACAAUUGCACAAGGAAAGGGGCAGAAACUGUGUGAAAUUGAAAGGAUACAUUUCUUUCUGAGUAAGAAGAAAACAGAUGAACUAAGAAAUCUACAUAAACUACUUUACAACAGACCAGGCACAGUGUCCUCAUUAAAGAAGAAUGUGGGUCAGUUCAGUGGUUUUCCAUUUGAAAAAGGAAGUACCCAAUAUAAAAAGAAGGAAGAAAUGUUGAAAAAAUUCAGAAAUGCCAUGUUAAAAAGCAUCUGUGAGGUUCUUGAUUUGGAGAGAUCAGGUGUAAAUAGUGAACUGGUGAAGAGGAUCUUGAAUUUCUUAAUGCAUCCAAAGCCUUCUGGAAAACCAUUGCCAAAAUCUAAAAAAACUUCUAGCAAAGGCAACAAAAAGGAACGGAACAGUUCCGGAAUGGCGAGGAAAGCAAAGCAAACCAAAUGUCCUGAAAUUCUGUCAGAUGAGUCUAGCAGUGAUGAAGAUGAAAAGAAAAACAAGGAAGAGUCUUCAGAGGAUGAAGAUAAAGAAAGUGAAGAGGAGCCACCAAAAAAGACAUCUAAAAGAGAAAAACCUAAACAGAAAGCUACUUCUAAAAGUAAAAAAGCUGUAAAGAAUGCUAAUGUGAAAAAGGCGGAUAGCAGCACCACCAAGAAGAAUCAAAACAGUUCCAAAAAAGAAAGUGAAUCUGAGGAUAGUUCAGAUGAUGAACCUUUAAUUAAAAAGUUGAAGAAACCUCCUACAGAUGAAGAGUUAAAGGAAACAGUAAAGAAAUUAUUGGCCAGUGCUAACUUGGAGGAAGUUACAAUGAAGCAGAUUUGCAAAAAGGUAUAUGAAAAUUAUCCUGCUUAUGAUUUAACUGAAAGAAAAGGUUUCAUAAAAACAACUGUUAAAGAGCUAAUUUCUUGAGAUAGAGGACAGAGACAGCUGACUUGUUCCAUGGAUCUAAAGAUCUGAUUUAUACCAUUAUACCAGCAAAGAAUGUAUUUCCUUUUCUAAAUCCUUGCAAGCAUUGUGUUGUAGAAUUUAUUGCUGACUUUUUUAUCUUGAGUGUUAACGUGAAUUUGAGUUUGCCAUUUUAAAUUGCAUUUCUAUGCAGUUUUUAGUUUAAAAUUUUGCAUGGCAGUAAUUGUUCCUUGCUUUUAUAGUUGUAUUUUGUACAUUUUGGGUUUCUUUAUAUAAGAUCAUAGAUUCUUGAACUGUUGUAGUUUUUAGUGCAGUUAAUUAGCUUGUUUAAGACAUACUUUUAAUUGGGUAGAACAGAAACUAUUAUAAACUGGCAUUUAUACAUGCAGAGACCAGUGCAGUGUUUAGUAUAUGCGUUAUUUUGAAUACAACACAUCUGUCAUUGUAAAAACUCAGCGGCAGUGUGUUCAUCAUGUUAAGAAUAUACAAGCUUCAGCUGUCCAGAUGACUACAUUGGAACUUUUCUCCUGCAUGUAUAGAUAUGUCAGUUUGUCAGCAUGACAAAAGUGACAGAUGUUAUUUUUGUAUUUUCAAAAACAUAUUUGUUGUAUAUAAAGUUUUUUUUAUUUCUUUUGUGCAGAUCGAUUUUUAAACCCAUAUAGGUAGGUAUCUUUACAGUUAUAAACUGAAAUGUCAGUGUUCAGCCAGAUGGUAUCACAGAGCAGUGAAAGUCAGAAUUCAGUGAAGAAAACACUGAAGGACACGGACAGAUAGUUCUCUGCUUUGCCUUGAAAGUGUCAUCAGUUUGUAGUUUUAGUGUCAACUCAGCAGCCAUUGUCUAUGGAUACAUUUUAUAUUAAGGACAGGCCAAAGUCAACACAUCAGAACUUUAAAAAUUUAGGGAAGAGUGGGAUUAUGUACAAGAACAUUUGGCUUAUAAUAAAUGACUGAUUUUUAUUAACUGCUUUUGCCCAUAUAAAAUACUGGUAUUUACAGGAAACCUGGACCUUUACAAUUAGGACAAAAAGUACUAGGUGUAGUGCCAGAAGAAGAUAAUGUAGGCAGUAUUGGGUAUCUCUGACAAAGUAUUUCUCAAAAAUGAUAAGACUUAUUUUUAACAUUAAAGAAAUUUAAUGUAUUUGUGGAAUUAGAGGCUGUUGGGUUUUAAAUUUUGACUAAUCAGGAUUCUAGGUGAUUCAACAUAUGGACCACCCCUGAAUGAAACGAAUUUGUCUUUUAAAUGGAUGGUCUUAAUCAGUUUAUUAAAUAACCUCUGAAUUUAAAACAUGCUGCUUAUGAGAGAAUUAGGCCUUUGAUAAACCAAUUGAGUGUUUAAAAUAAAAAUAUAUUUGCAUCAUAGAACAGAAAUAUGUAAAAAUGUUGACUGUUAGUUAACAGGUAUUUUCACAGUUUUGACCUAUUUCUUGAUCAAGUUAAGACAUUAGAAAAAGGUACACUUAAACCAAUGGGAUAAACUAUAUGAGAGCUACAAAUUGUCCUUUGGUUUUAAAUAUUUAAUUUGUUCCUAUAAACUUUGUCAAUAAAAGUAAUAA